AUGAUAUCUAAACUAGCAACUUUGUCGAUCAUAUGCUUAAUUGGAUCAAUAACUGCUUCUCAUGAUCAUGUUCACUAACACUCUAAAAAGCAUUUCCUUAAACAAGCUAACCAAUAAUAAGAAGAGGAAAAUGGAAAUGCAGUGGAUCCAACGAAAGGAUGGAAAGAAAUCAAGUUAGAUUACUACGUCUAGAAGCCAUGGAAUAUUCCUCUAAAUGAGAGAUAUCAGUUCAAGGAUGGUGUUCAUCACUUCCUUGUUUACAAAAAUGAUUUACCCCAUACAAAAACUUCUCAUACUCAUCCAAGAACAGAAAUGGCAAUCGAGCAUGGAUGGACAACUGGGAAUAAUCAAUUUGAGGGUGAAGUAUUUGUGCCCAAAGGAACUUCAGGAGUUAAUCUACUUCAAAUCUUUGGAGGAGAUUCGAGCAAGGGUAUUGCAACUUCCUUUAUGAUGCAAAUAUUCGAUGGAACUAUAAAGCAUUACACUAAUGAAGUUAUCUAAAAAAACUGUGACGAUAGAUGGAUUAAAGUUAAUCUCAUUCACAAUGCUGAUUCAGGGAAAAUUCAAUUGUUCCUUGACGGAGUUAAUGUCUUCAACUCUCAUGAUAAUGGUCACGAUACUCAUUCAUUUAAAUGCGGUGCCUACUCAUCAAUCAAUGCCUCAGAUAAAAUGAUUGUUCUUUGGAGAAAUCUCAAAAUCUUUGUUAAGUGA